AUGGAAACCUUGCGGGGCGCUAUUUAUGGCUUCCCCCGACCCCCACCACGCAUCCGCACCAAGCCACUCCAAGUGAUCUGUGUAGGCCUACCACGGUCAGGAACCGAAAGUCUCAGCCGGGCGCUCAUCCAACUGGGCUUCAAAACCUACCAUGGCUGGGACAUAGUCUUCGACGAACCGCCAUAUGCCCAGGGCUGGGCGCAGCUAUCCGAGCGAAAAUAUUCCGGCAUGCAAGGGGCAGGCACGGCCCCAAUCAGUCGCGAUGAGUUCGAUGCCCUGCUGGGGCAUUGUGAUGCAGUGGUGGACACGGCAGCCGCCAUGUUCAGCGUGGAAAUGAUCCAGGCGUAUCCAGAGGCCAAGGUGAUUUUGAAUACGCGGCAGGACGUAGAUGCCUGGCACCGCAGCGCCAUGAAGACAUUAGUUGCAGAGGGUGAAGACCAGUGGAUGGUAUGGUUUUUGCACAUCUUCACGGCGGACAUGUACUGGCUGUGGAGAUUGUAUUACACGUUCGGCUAUCCCGGCAUGUUUCGUGGGCGGACGACCAAGGAGGGGCUUACGAAACAUGGGAAGCGGGUAUAUCAGGAGCAUGGGUUGAUGAUUCGAGGGUUGGUGCCGGAGGAGAGGCUUCUGGAAUGGGAUGUUGAAGAUGGAUGGGGUCCUUUGUGUGAGUUUCUGGGCAAAGAUAUCCCCGAUGAGCCGUUCCCAAACACGAACAAUCCGGCAGCUUUUCGGAAGCAUAUCGAAGAUCUGGUGCAUCCGAGAGCUAAACGGAGUCUGUGUAAUUUUGCAUGCUGUGCUACUUCAGCGGGAGUGUUGGUAACUGCUAUUGUGUUGGGGGUGAAGAAGAGACAACUAUGGCAAAUGUUGAUCUCGGAGAUACCGGUAGUUAUGGGGCAAUGCUUGGAAUCAUUAUCACGUUCCAAGUAG